AUGGGCCAAGCGACCACCCCGUUCCUGCUAUCGCGAGUGAAGGAGCUGACCGGUGGAGAAUCACUAAAAUCGAAUGUUGCCCUUGUCAAAAAUAAUGCCAAAAUUGCUGCGAAAUUGGCAAAUCACUUGGUGGGACGGUCGAAAAAUAGUGAACCAUCGCAAAGCCCAGCCAUCGCUGCGCGGAAGCGGGAAAUUCAAAAGCCGGUGAGGCCGAAAGUUGUAACCAUCGGUGCGGCAAUCUGUGAUUUCGAGGCGAUCACCCGUGCUGACGUUAAGAAUGACGGCGGCUCGUACCCAGGAAUUGUGACUCAACGGCCUGGAGGUGUGGGACGGAAUCAUGCGGACGUUAUGGCGAGGCUCGGCCUCGAUUCCGCGCUUUUGACCUACGUGGGAAAUGACGAGAACGGGCGCUUUUUGAGGCGUACUGGGCAGCAUAUUGACCUCUCUGGCGUCAAAACCGUAGACGCACCAACGGCAACCUAUUGUGCGAUCAACAUGCGCGGGAAUGUGCGCUUUGGGAUUAGCAGCAUCGAGGAGAUUAUGGGCAAAAUGGGCCCGGAAAUUGUCCACGCAAACAUGGGUCUACUCGAGGAAGCGGAUUUCUUGGUGAUUGACGGGAACACAAAGGUCGAGACAUUAAAAGAAGCAAUCGAGGUUGCAUAUCGCAUCAAUUUGCCGAUCUGGUUCGAGCCCACCGAUAUCGACAAGAUGCAAAAGCUCUUCAAAGCUGGAAACAUUGAGAAAGUCUCGCACCACGAGAAACUGCCCAGCUUCCGGCUGCUCGUGGUCACAAUGGGCGAGAAGGGCGUUGUUGUUUGUCAUAGAACUGGAAAUGGCUACGAUAUUCUCACUCGACCAUCACCUCUGGGCAACUCUGAAAUUGUCUCUGUUUCAGGAGCGGGAGAUUGUUGGAACGGCGGAUUUCUGGCCGGUCACCUGACCGGACGAGACCUUGAUGGCGCGAUAAAUCUGGCCCAAGAAACCACGGCGAAGUCGUUGAAAUCGACCUUUGCCGUACCAAUCGAUAUUCGGCCAAUUCUG